GCCAUUAACGCCAUUUUCCUCCACCACUCUCUCUCUCCUGUCUCUCUCUCAACUUGCAAGAAGUGAAUGAUAAACCAAAGUUGAGCAAGUCUUCAAGAUAGGUCCGCCAGACUCACCACUCUCUCUCUCUCUCUCUCUCUCUCUCAGCUCAGGCCAUAAUUCAACGUCGGACUCUCCGAACAAGAGGUGUGCCUGCAGUGUCUUGUUUGAUUACGCUAUAAUUUUCGCGUGCAGCCGAUUUCUAUUUAGACGUCUGGCGAAAAAAGAAACCCAAAAGGGUCGUUCGUUUUCUUGGGGUUGGUAAUCAAAUGGGAAUUUGCUUAAGUGCUCGAAUCAAAGCUGAGACUAGCCCUUCUCACACUGGGGAGAGUACAAAAUGUGUUAGCGCAGACGUGAAUGAUAUUAGUCGUUCGAGCAGUAAAUCCUCAUCAUCUUCUGUGCCUCCGACUCCUCGGAGUGAGGGGGAAAUCUUGCAGUCCUCUAAUUUGAAGAGUUUCAGUUAUGCUGAUCUCAAAAUGGCCACAAGGAACUUCCGUCCUGAUAGCGUUUUAGGAGAAGGUGGUUUCGGUUCAGUUUUCAAGGGUUGGAUCGAUGAGAACUCUUUUGCAGCUUCAAAACCAGGGACUGGUACGGUCAUUGCUGUGAAAAAGCUUAAUCUAGAAAGCUUCCAAGGUCACAAGGAGUGGCUGGCGGAAGUGAAUUAUCUGGGGCAGUUUUAUCAUCCACAUCUUGUCAAACUCAUUGGAUAUUGCUUGGAGGAUGAACACAGGCUUCUGGUGUAUGAAUUCAUGCCGAGGGGUAGCUUGGAAAAUCAUUUGUUCAGGAGAGGUUCUUACUUCCAGCCUCUUUCUUGGAACCUUCGGAUAAAGGUUGCACUUGAUGCGGCAAAGGGACUUGCUUUUCUUCAUAGUGCUGAAACAAAAGUGAUUUAUCGGGACUUCAAAACUUCUAAUAUUUUGCUUGAUACGAAUUACACUGCGAAGCUUUCUGACUUUGGGUUGGCUAAAGAUGGGCCGACUGGUGACAAAAGCCAUGUCUCCACUAGGGUCAUGGGAACUUAUGGAUAUGCAGCUCCAGAAUAUCUAGCCACUGGUCACUUGACUGCCAGGAGCGAUAUAUACAGCUUUGGAGUCGUUCUGCUUGAAAUGUUAUCCGGCCGGAGAGCAGUGGACAAGAAUAGGCCAUCUGGGGAACACAACCUGGUGGAAUGGGCCAAACCUUUCCUCACCAACAAACGUAAAAUCUUCCGAAUCCUAGACAGCCGUCUCGAGGGCCAGUACUCAUUGGACGUAGCCUGUAAGGCAGCCAACCUGGCACUUCGAUGUCUGUCCAUGGAGCCCAAGUUCAGGCCCAGCAUGGAUGAGGUGGUAAAAGAAUUGGAUCAGUUUAAUGAUUCGACAAAGGAAAUGGCAAAUACUCUCGGCAAUCAAGCUACUGGGCCGAGGCAUCGGAGACGAAGCGCGGGUGACCUUCCCAAGGCAAAUGUUGUUUCUGCUGUUGCUUAUCCCAGGCCAUCUGCAUCCCCGCUCUUUUCAAAGUGAAUCAAAAGGAGCUUUUGAUAGAAGUUUGUUCCCAGAUCAAUCGCAGACAUUCACAGUGGUCUAGCGUUGACAUAUGGACAUGGUAUUGAUGCAUCUCUGUGUAAUGACUGUACAGUUGCUUUUGCUACUAUAAGUGAAAUCCUAUCUUUCGCAACCCCAGUUUGUGAGCACUUGACGAAUUGCCCAGCUGGGUUCUGUGUUGCCUUCGACUGCGAAAAGGUUUGUAAGUUUUAACACUGAGUAUGGGCUGUGCCUUUUGCAUUGUUGAAGAUAGCUCAUUGUUCUGUCUAGGAUUUUUCCCCGCCUCACCCCCGAAGUCCCCGGGUGUCUGGUUUUGUCACCAUGUAAUACUCUGUAAUAUGAUACUUGUGCUCUCUUUUCAGACAAGGGAAAGAAGUUAUACUCUACUCAUUACUGAAGGAAA